UCACUCGGCAGGUUUGGCAGCGGGCAGGGCAGGCUAGAGAGAGGGGAGGACGAGAGAGCAGACACACACCGUAGCCAUGGCUCUCCUGGAUCUAGCGAUGCAAGGCUUCUCCAUCUUCGGAUUUCUAUUAUUUAUUGUUCUCUGGCUCAUGCAUUUCAUGUCAAUCAUCUACGUUCGCCUGCAUCUCAACAAGAAGACGGUGGAUAAACAGCCCUACAGUAAACUACUCGGCGUCUCGCUACUGAAACCGCUAAAGGGAGUCGAUCCGAACCUCGUCAGUAACCUGGAGACGUUCUUCGAACUAGACUACCCCAAGUUUGAGGUCUUGUUGUGUGUUCAGGACCAUGAUGAUCCAGCUGUGGACGUCUGCAAGAAGCUGCUGGGGAAAUACCCCAAUGUGGACGCCAGACUAUUCAUAGGGGGUAAGAAGGUAGGCAUCAACCCCAAGAUUAAUAACCUGAUGCCGGGUUACGAGGGAGCCAAAUACGAGCUGGUCUGGAUCUGUGACAGUGGCAUACGAGUGCGUCCAGACACCCUGAUGGACAUGGCCAUGCAGAUGACGGAGAAGGUCGGACUCGUACACGGACUCCCGUACGUCGCGGACAGACAAGGAUUCGCAGCUACACUAGAACAGGUGUAUUUCGGCACGUCGCACCCUCGCUCCUACAUCAGUGCCAAUGUGACGGGCAUCAAGUGUGUGACGGGCAUGAGCUGCCUGAUGAGGAGAGACGUCCUGGAGCAGGCCGGCGGACUAGUGGCCUUCGCACAGUACAUAGCGGAGGACUACUUUAUGGCCAAGGCCAUCGCCGACAGGGGGUGGAAGUUCUCCAUGGCAACUCAGGUGGCGAUGCAGAAUUCCGGCUCCUACUCCAUAGCACAGUUCCAGUCGCGAAUGAUCAGGUGGGCUAAGCUGCGCAUCAACAUGCUGCCUGCCACUAUAGUGGAGCCCAUAUCGGAGUGUUUCGUGGCCUCCCUCAUCAUCGGCUGGGCAGCACACCACGUCUUCAGGUGGGAUAUCAUGGUGUUCUUCAUGUGCCACUGUCUCGCCUGGUUCCUAGCAGACUAUCUCCAGCUACGAGGAGUACAGGGGGGUCCGGUGGCGUUCUCCAAGCUGGACUAUGCGGUGGCCUGGUUCAUCAGGGAGUCCAUGGCUAUCCAGAUCUUCCUCUCGGCGCUGUGGGACCCGACCAUCAGCUGGAGAACGGGCCGGUACCGGCUACGGUGCGGAGGCACAGCCGAGGAGAUACUGGACGUAUAACACACACACGCACACACACACACACUCUCACACUCACCAGGUACCGGCUAUGAUGCAGAGGUACGGCCGAGGAAAUAUUGGACAUAUAGCAUACACACACACACACAUACUGAUACACACAGACACACAGACACACACACACACACUUGUAUGUAUAUAGUCACACACACACUUAUAUACAGUAUACACACACACACACACACACACACACACACACACACACACACACACACACACACACACACACACACACACACACACUUGUAUGUAUAUAGUCACACACACUUAUAUACAGUAUAUACACACACACACACACACACACACACGUAUAUACAGUAUACACACACACACACACACACACACACACACUUGUACGCACAUACAGCCAUAUUCUUCAUCUCCUUCGAGCUGCAC